AUGUCCUCAUCUAAAGCAACCGAAGUUGAAACGAAGUUUUCUGAAAAAGGACCAGGAAAACGUCCUCGCGCACCUUCGCCACUUUCUCAAGAAGAAAAACAAGCUAAAAGAGCUAAAGCAGUUGCCAGAGCAACUGCCAAAAGACUGAAGAAACAACGUGGACAUAUUCCAGAAGUUUGCUCUCCAGAAGACGUCCGAUGGACAGACAUCGUUAGCCUCCUGGGACAGGACGUCGUUGACAAGGCUGCCGAAGACGGGAGCGAAUUCAACUCCCCAUUUCUAUUCAAAUCCGAGGUGGAGCUGGAAGUAAAGGCUAUAUCUUCCAAUGGUGAGGGCCUGGCCCAAUCAGACGAAAAGGAUUCGAAACCCUGGGUGGUUGUUGUCCCUUUCUGCCUUCCUGGUGAACGCGUUAAAUGCAGGGUAUUCAAGAACGACCGAAUGCAUUCGUUAGCGGACUUCAUGCAAAUCAUACGACCUAAUUCUGUGCUCAGAGAUGACGAGAGGGUGAAUUGCAAGUACUUUUCCAAGUGCGGAGGAUGUCAAUAUCAGAUGCUUUCCUACGAAACACAACUUGCUUUCAAACGAAAUGUGGUGGUAAAAGCUUACAAAAAUUAUUCCGGUCUUCCUCAAUCCGUUAUACCUGAAAUUCAGUCCACCAUCGGUUCGCCGUUGCAAUAUGGCUACCGUACAAAGAUAACACCACAUUUCCAAGCUCCACCGCCCAAAGUAGAUCGAAUUGCACUUCAAGCUCAGGUCGAGAGCGGUGACAAACCAGACUGGUUGCAGAUCGGAUUCAACAUCCAGAGUCAAAAUAAGGUGUUUGAUAUUGAGGAAUGUCCUAUUGCGACGCCAGUACUCAAUCGCGCACUACCCGAAAUAUUUCAGAACGUGGUUAAAACUAUACACACUUACAAAAAAGGAGCGACACUUUUACUUCGAGAGUCCCUGGACACCUCGGUCGACCCCGAUCCAAACGACACCAGCAAGGACACAAAAUUAUGCAUAACUAACAACCAUGCAUCCAUUCGAGAACGCGUAGGAGGCUUUUUGUUUGAAUACGUUGCGAGCUCGUUCUUCCAGAACAACAAUGCAAUUCUUCCUGCUUUGACUUCCUACGUCCGUGAAGCCAUUGCCUCGCUCUACCCCGAUCCCAAUGAUUCUUCUCGUCCUACCCACCUCAUUGACACGUACUGCGGUUCAGGAUUGUUCGCAAUCACACUCUCUCCUGAUUUUUCUACAGUGGCAGGCAUCGAGAUCUCCGCCGAUUCUAUCUUGUAUGCGAAACGCAACGCAAAGUUGAACGGCAUCGCAGCAGAGAAAAUGACGUUCCGCAAGGGCGACGCAGCAGAGAUAUUCAAAACUGUUUCUGACUUUCCUCCUGAAAAGACGGUCAUGGUCAUUGAUCCGCCAAGGAAAGGUUGUGAUGAUCCUUUCAUCGAACAACUUCUGGAAUUUCGGCCAAAGGUGGUGGCAUAUGUUAGCUGCAACGUCCAUACACAGGCUCGGGAUGUGGGAAAGAUACUCAAGGCUACUCAGGAUUCCGUAGAGGGUGAGGGGAAAAAAUAUGUCCUUGAAAGUUUGCGAGGAUUCGAUCUCUUUCCGCAAACCGCACAUGUAGAAUCUGUAGCGAUUCUUAGACUUGUAUAG